AUGACUGAAACUGCUAGUCAAUUAGAUCAAAUGCUUGAAGGUGGUCAGAUCUUUUCUGAGGCUGUCCAUCAAUUCAACGCAACUACGGAAAAUGCAGCCGGAAGUGAUGUACCUGCCGUAAAUUGUACACACAGAAACAAAAAAGGAUUAUUUAAACCUGCAACUUUACGAAGGAAAUUGAAGGCACGUCUCAAGAGAAGUAUAGAAGUAAAUUAUUGCGAUAAUUGCCCGAAUUUGACUAUAGAAGAACGUCAAUCAUUGGUAUGGGUAUGUGUCACUUGUAGUCAUUUCGGCUGUGAAGAAAACCGUCACAGUUUAAAUCAUUUUAAAGAAACGCGUAGUGGCAUGAAACAUCCACUGUAUUUUGCUAUCGAAAAUCAAAAGUUUCGGUGUCUCGAUUGUGCAAAAGAUUUUCACAGUUCUGAGGAGGAAAGUGGCCCAAUGAAAACAUUUGUCAACGAUUAUAAUUCAUUCAUGAAAACAGUAUCCAAAGUUCGCACAGGGGAAUCUCAGUCAAUUAAAGGUGGAAAUAUAGACGAAAGUUCUUUGUCUGUAGAGGAUGCAGAUAUUAAAAGAAAAUGCGUUGGCAGAAGGUUAAGCAAUAAUAAGGUGAACACGGACGAGAAAAGCAAUCAAGUGGUACCGAUAAAGGGUCUUGUUAAUCUCGGUAACACAUGUUUUUUCAAUUCAAUAACACAGUGCCUUCUUCAUACUCAUACGCUUUCUGUGUACAUUGAUUUAGUCGGUCGAGAAGACAGCAUUGAACUCAUGUCGAAUACAUUUUUAAUUGGCGAUAAAGAAGUGAAGGUGCCCCAUGUGCAUUUACCUUUGGGUUCGUUCAAUGGACCACUAAAUAAAGUUUUUGCAAACUUUUUGCGCGAUUUCAAGGCUGGAAAAACAGUAAAUCCAUUGGAUUUGUUUACUGAGAUAUCCAAAAGAGCUCCACGUUUUCGGGGAUGGUCACAGCAAGAUGCUCAUGAAUUAUUACGGUACCUUUUGGAUGGCCUUAGAACUGAAGAAUUGACUCGUUACAAAGAAGCUAUUACUCGAUACAUCAAAACAGCAAAAGACGAAAAUCAGAAUUAUACAGAUGAAUACCUAGCCUUAUUAACCAAAGGAAUGCUUAAAGCAUGUGGGAGACCACUAAUUGAUGCAGUAUUUGGUGGCACUCUUCUUCAAACAGUAAAGUGCUGUGAAUGUGGUCAUCUUUCGAAAACUUAUGAAGAUUUUCUGGAUCUUUCUCUUCCUCUUCCGUCUACAUCAACCAAAUCAUUAUUCAAUGGCCAGAAUAAAAUGCAUAAAUCAGCUUCUCUUACUUUAAGCAAACAUCAGAAAAAGAAAGAGAAACUGAAAUCACGUAAGGGGCGUCGGAAAUCUCAUGAAAUCAUUUCACGUAAUAAUGAAGUCGACUGUAGUGCUGACUGCCUUGAUAAUAGCGAUGAAGAAAUUGACGGAAAUUAUAAUACUAAGAAUCCGUGCGGCAAUGACUACAGCGAAAUGGAUAAGAUUAACAAGAAUUUUGAGGACGAUAACUGUUUGCAAUCACUCGGUUCUGAAAAAAUUGAAGAAAAUGGACAAUGUUCAUUAACAUCAUGUCUUCGGGCUUUCACCGCUACUGAGUAUUUGUUGGCACCCAAUACAUAUGAAUGUGAAAAAUGUUGCGUUCCACAUAACAAACAGCUUCGAAAUGGAAUGAAGAAAAGAACAGUUGAAGCUGAAAAGCGUUAUCUGAUAUAUGAGCCUCCGCCAGUAUUAACAUUGCAUAUUAAACGGUUUGAACAGACUCAUUUAAUGAGUGGUCGCGUUCAAACUCGGAAAGUUGGCGGGAAAAUUUCUUUUCCAUUAAUUCUAAAUAUUGCCCCAUACUGUACGCAAGUCGCUAAAAGAAUUGGAAAAGGAUUGAAAAAGGUUAAUUACGCACUUUACGGGAUUGUGUCUCAUUCUGGAGAUCUCUCUUCGGGUCAUUAUGUUGCACAUAUCAGAAAUCGUCCCUCUGCAUCAACAACUGAGAAAUUUUUUUAUGAAGCCGCAAAUCUUGCACCACCAGAUCCAUUUGCUUUAAAUACUGCUGAGGAUCUGAAAGAGAAUAACGGAAUCCCCACGGACGAAGAAUGGUUUUUUGCCAGUGAUUUACACGUAUCUCCUGAGAGUGAAACUAGUGUGUACAAUGUGGAAGGAUAUAUUCUUUUUUAUGAACGAAUAUGUUGAUG